CAGUUGUAAAUUCGACAGAACUAAAACCUAGUCAUCAGCGAUUCCUGCCAACACGAAACGGCGGCGACCGGAGCGAACGACGGCGACCAGUGCGUAAGGCAGGGAACGGUGACUUAUCCGAACGCCGCACAGAAAACAGCGGCAUAAUUAAACCAUUGAGAUGAACUCAGAAGACAUAAACAGAUGCCAGAUUCAAGAAUGGUACCCGAAAUUCAAACCCGUAUCCGUCAAAACCAGAAUCCACAAGCUUCCGGAGUCAUUCAUCCAGUACCUUCUAGAUGAUUCCGGCCCCUUCCUUCUCCCUCUUUCAAUCACGAACGACGACGCCCUUCCGAACAGACUCCACAAACCCGAAGAGGAAGAAGAUUUCGUUGUCGAAGAAGGAUCAGAAGAUGAAUCUGAACAACCCUCACCACCCCCUUCUUUCCCCGAAUUGGAAGCCGAAAUCAAAGCAUCCAUCGAAACCCUAGGCGGUGCUGUUUUUCCUAAGCUCAAUUGGAGCGCACCGAAGGACGCCGCUUGGAUAAGUUCGAUCGGGAAUCUCAAAUGUAAAAAUUUCUCCGAUAUUGCUCUUCUUCUAAAGUCUUCCGAUUCUAUUGUCCACGAUCUUUGCCAUGCAUACGACGCGUGCGUGGAUAAGGCUUCGUCUAGGCCGUCCAGUUUCUUCCUUGCUCUUCGUAAAUGGUACCCUUCUCUUCAGCCGGAGAUGGAGUUUCGUUGCUUUGUGUUGAAUAAACUACUUGUGGGGAUUUGUCAAAGGGAAGUGACCAACUUUUAUCCUACUCUUCUUGAAAGGAAAAGUGAUUUAAAAGCUAUGAUUUUGGAUUUUUUCGUGGAGGAAGUGAAGGGGAAAUUCGGGUCGGAGAGUUUUACGUUUGAUGUUUAUGUCACGAAAGAUGGGCGGGUUAAGGUUUUGGAUUUCAAUCCGUGGGGUGCUUCGACUCUUCCGUUGAUGUUUAGUUGGGAGGAAUUGGAAGAUGAGUCGAGAGAAGAAGGUGAUGAAUUCGAAUUGGAAUUUAGGAUUGUGGAGAGUAGAUGUGGUAUUCGACCGGGUUUGAAAACUGCGGUUCCGUAUGAUUACUUGGAUACGAGUCCCGGGAGUGGGUGGGAUGAGUUUUUUAAGAAUGCUGACGUGGAAUUGAAGCGCCAGUUGUCACUUACCGAAGCAGGGGCUUGAGCUUGAGCUUGUGCUUCAACAUUUGUUUUUUUUUCGUUUCUGUUUUGUUUUGUCGAAUUCAACUCAGGUAGUUAAAUCAUAUAGUUGGGAUGUGGAUGGUGUUGAUUUUUGUAUGCAAAUUGAAUGGAUUGUAAUGAUUUUUUAUGGCUCGAAUUUAAGCUACCAAAUGAAAAUUUGGCAUUACAA